AUGGAACCUAUCAGAGAGGAGUAGGAAUAUUACCCUAAUGAGAGUUAGGUAGAUCUGACCAAUAUUUUGGAGAAAAAGAAAACUAAAAAAUGGGCCAUCUUCAAAAAAAUGAAGUUGCCAAGCUUUGGAGGACUUAAUAAGAAAAAUCAGGUGCAGUAUGAUCCAAUCACUAAAAAUCCUGGUAAUUAUGCUCAAUCAAGUACAAUGCCUAGCCCGAGCAACAGUGCAUACAUAAAUUUAAAUCAAACUGAUAUAUUCAAGAAGAAGCUAAUAGGUUUGAACCAUAAUAAUAAGCAACUUGUUAAUAAGAAUUAUGAUUCACUCAAAAACUCUUAUAACUCUUCAAUUUAUGCGCAGAGUCUGCAGACCUCAUUUUAAAAGUUGGAGGAAAGCAAAGAGAUAUAAUAAUAAAAAAUCAUUCAUUUUGAUACAGCCGGAGAUGACGCAAUGACAUUUUAAAAUGAUUUUCUAAAAGAGAGCAUUAUUUAGGAUAUAAAGCGACCUAACAGACCUAUCACAGGAUUUAAGAAUUAAGGCUUGUCAAGUCAUUUCAGUUUGAAGCCUAGCCAAGAUAAUUAGCAAAGAGGAGGUAAUGGAGGAAAUAAUUACAAAUUAGAAUUAAGUUAAUCAAUUGUGCACAAGAUGGUUAAUUCUAAUUUAGCUGACAAAAACAAGUAAAAAAUCUAAGAACACGAAUUUCUUUAACUUAAAGAGUUCCUAGAGGAAAACAGCUACCUUACCUAAGACUAAAGAGAUUAUUUAGUUAAAUAUGCAAUUAAGGGCAUUCCAAUCGAAAUCAGAGGAAGAUUUUAACAGUACUAUUCUGCCUUAUCGAAUGAUUUUCCUGAUUAUCCCAAUCCUUGCUUUCAUCAAAUUGAAAUUGAUUUGAAAAGAACUUUUCCUGAAGAUGAAUACUUCAAAUUGCCUGGGACAAUAGCAAGCAUGAGAAGAAUCUUGGUAGCUUAUACCAAAAGAAAUCCAGUAGUUGGAUACUCUUAGGGAAUGAACUUUAUCUUAGGUAGACUCAUCAAAUUUUUAACAGAAACUGAGGCAUUUUGGGUAUUCACUAUGCUUAUUGAGUCUGUAUUGCCUAUUGAUUAUUUCUGUCAGUUUAUUGGUGUUGAAGCAGAGUCGUGGAUAUAUAAAUAGCUUAUUAAGGAACAGCUACCUCAUAUUCAUUAGAAAUUCGAGGAGCUGAUUAGAGAUUAUAGUGAUUUCGACCCUCGAUACCUCUUUUUAAAUUGGUUUGUCUGCUUAUUUUCUGACAAACUAUCAGAAGAUGUAAAUUAUCUUACAACUAAAAUAAUUAUAGAGGAUAUCUUUCUAUUAAUGGAGAAUCAUUAAGAUUACGUUUAUUCAGCUGAAAAGUUGCUCUACUUGGCUUAAUAUGGAACCAAAGACUUUAAAGUACCAAAAUAAAAAGAGAUUUUAAAGCUUCGUUAGUAUUACUCUCAAAUCGCUUUUGAAAAAUAACAUAUUAUUAAGCAAAGGAAUGAUUCACACAUAAUCUUUGACGACUUAUUAUUGACAGAAGAAAAGAGAAAGAUAUAAAUCAGUAUUAAUAAGCAAAACUUUUACAACAAGUUUUAUCUGCUGACUGGCCUUUCAAAACUAAGGACAUGUGACCAAUAUAAGAAUAGAGAGGAAAUAUUUAAAAAUCUAGAUGCUAACUAAAGUGUGCUCUCAGAGCAGACACUAAACACUCGUGAUUUUGAAUCAUAGGCUGUGCAUAACUAUAAAUGUGAUUGCAGUUGGCCAAUUUGCCUCUAUGAUUUUACUUUCAAAUAGAUUUACCCUUAGUUCUUUUGCUUUAAAACAGCAGAGGACAUUCAUAUAGUCCCUGAUCAUUUCAGCACUCAAAAGUUUGACUAAAUAGUAAUGAAAAUCAGAUCUGACUCAAAUGAAACUGUAAUGUAUAGGAAAAAUAGUUAAAUUGAUGAAUGCGAUGACGAAGUUCCUUAGCAUAUGAUUGUCUAAGAUGAUGGAGCCAAUUUUGAAAACAAUAUAAGAUAAUCAUUUAAGAGAACAUCUGAUACACUUCAUCUUGAUGUCAAGCAUAUCCCAAACAGCCUAUGCAAAUAGUUAUUGGUAUAUAGAGGAGAUCACUACUGUAACUUUCCAUAGUUCUCAGAAAAUUUCUCAACUCUCUUUAGAAACGACAAUACUGAACUAAUCGAUAAUGAUCUAGUUAAUGGUAAAGGCUUGCUUGAUUAAAUAGAGAGUUACUAAAUUAUGAAUGAAUUUGUGAACAGUGUUCGAGUGAUGCAGAUGAGUAAUAAGUUGUUUGGUGAGUUUGGCUCUAUUAGAAGGUAAAAUGAGAGAGAUAUAAUGAGAAAAUCAGCUUAGAAGCUAAUGCCUAAAUCAUUGAAAAAUUCUAAAAUAAGUCAGACUCAAAGUAGAAAUACAAGUAGUUUAUAACCAGCAAAUAGAGUGAGUAAAAACAACAGUAAAACAGUCAUCAAUAAUUCAAGAAUUUCAGUCAAGCAAAGUCAUUUAUCUUAAAAUCGUUCUUCAAAUGGAUUUGAAUUACCAGAUGAGCUUAAGGAAUUUGGAAUUAUCAAAUAACUUGAGACAAAUAAAAGAAAUUCCAGAAAGAUUAGCAAUAUUUUUUCAUCAAGCAAGGAUUCAAUCAAACUUGAAAACAGAUAAUCCAAUAGACUCAUUAAUAAAGCUUUGAAUAGAAUUUCACCUUAGACUCAGAUCUGUGGAACUGGAAGUGGCAAAAAUAGUGAUUCAAAGAAGAGAGAUCAAGUAGUACCCUUGAAGAAAAGACCAAAGUCCCAAUUACUUUCUCCAUCAAGUUCUAAAGCAAGACUCUCAAAUGAAUAAUAAAAAUAUCAAUAAAAAUCUCCACAGUUUGUGAGUAUAGUCAGCAGAGAUGAUCUUACCAAGUUCUUGAAUCCAAGUGAGAAUACUGUCUUGCCAUUUGAUUAAUUUGAAGUCCUAAAAAGAUUGACUAUUAAGGAACUUUUGCAAAGACUUGAUCCAGACAUGGUAAAUGAAAAUCUGGAAAUUAUGAAAAAGAGUAAAAACAUUAUCUUUGAUGGUAUAUUCGAAGAUGAAUGA